UGCACCAGAGGAGUCGCGUCGUGGUCUUUUGAAUUAACAUAAAGUUGUACAAGUAAGUAUACGCCGAAAGAGGAAAAAAAUAUAGUCAUGUGGCCGUUCAGCAACACCUGUCAAAGCAGAGCGCGGCUCGUCGGCCGUACGGUCAUUAUUACCGGAGCUAACACUGGCAUCGGCAAGGAGACGGCGCGGGAUUUAUACUGGAGAGGUGCCAGAGUCAUACUGGCAUGCAGGAACUUGGAAAAGGCUAAGGAAGCCGUCGAGGAGCUCAAAAAUAUUCCAACUUCGUCCAACCAAGACAGAGAGGAGUUCCGAGGCCAGCCGGGCGAGCUUGCGGUGUGCAAGCUAAACCUGAGCAGCUUGGCGAGCGUGCGCGAGUGCGCGAAACGGCUGUCCACGAGCGAGCCCCGGAUCCACCUGCUGAUCAACAACGCGGGCGUGAUGGCCUGCCCGAAGGAGAAGACCGAGGACGGCUACGAGCUCCAGCUGCAGAGCAACCACCUCGGCCACUUUUUGCUUACGCUCCUGCUUCUGCCGAAAAUCACGGAAUCGGUGCCCGGCUGUCGCAUCGUCAACGUCUCCUCCAUGGCUCACGCGAUGGGCAAGAUACACUUUAACGACUUGAUGCUGGAUGAAUCGUACAGCCCAUUAAAGGCCUACCAGCAGAGCAAACUGGCCAACAUUCUGUUCACGAAGGAGCUCGCCCGCAAGCUCAAAGAGGCAGGUAUCGACGGGGUGAACACGUACACGUUGCACCCGGGAGUUAUAGCUACGGAACUCGGCCGGCACUUGGACCGAGCUUUUUUCCCGGGGCUGAGGCUCAUGAUGAAACUGUGGAGGCCUUUCAUCAAGACGCCCGUGCUUGGCGCCCAGACGACCAUUCACUGCGCCGUCGACGACAACGCCAAGAACGAGACUGGCUUGUAUUACAGAGAGUGUCGAGCCACGAGUCCGUCUAUGCAAGCGAUGAAUAUGGACGAUGCGGCAAAGCUGUGGAUGGAGAGCUUGAGGCUCGUUGGUCUGCCGGAAGUGGAGAAACUUGACGAUUUACUGGAAUCUAUAUCGAACAAAGUCAUACCGUCCCUGUGAACUUUACCGUUUGGUGCACUUUCGUGAACUGAUUUUGGCUCACCUUUUAUUCAUACGUAGACUUUACUUUGCUGGAAUUUUACACGUGAUGUAAUUAUUAUUGUUCUUUCAUGAUAUUCGUUGUGGAAUGUACCGUUUGAAAAAUAAAAUGUUUACCUCCAGGCA